AUGCAGUUGGAAAACUCCUCCUCAAGGGGUGGUUCCACUAUUGUCCUCGAGCUACCUCCAAAGUCCUAUUCGAAUACAGUGUCGGAAGGAACGCGAUUGGCCUUGGAAGACACUACCGCCGCUGCCUUGCCGCCUCCUGCCACUUCAACGCCUCAAUUACAGAAAUGGAACUCGCCUCGGAUCAACAUCUACCGCUGUUUCGCAACCUUCUAUUCCUUCGUCAUCCUGGGAGCCAACGACGCAGCGUACGGAGCUCUCAUCCCUUACCUCGAAACUUGGUAUAAAGUCAACUAUACUAUAAUCUCUUUGGUCUUUCUCAGUCCUGUUGUGGGUUAUGUUCUGUCAGCAAUAUUAAACAACCACCUCCACACGGUGUAUGGACAGAGAGGGAUUGCUGUGAUCAUGAGCCUCUCACACCUGCUCGCCUAUACCGCCAUCUGUCUACAUCCACCUUAUGCUGUUUUGGUGGUGGUAUUCAUCCUCGCUGGAUUCGGAAACGGUCUGGGAGACAGUGCAUGGAAUGCCUGGAUCGGCGACAUGGCUAACGCAAAUGAAGUGCUUGGUUUCCUUCAUGGCUUUUAUGGUCUGGGUGCCACCAUCUCACCUCUCGUAGCGACCACAUUGGUCACUAAAGCCGGCUGGCACUGGUAUGAAUUCUAUUAUAUCCUUGUUGGGGCCGCAGCGCUGGAAGUGGUGGUGCUCGUUGGUACUUUCUGGAAGGCGGAUGCUCGAGCUUACAAUGAGGCAAACCCCCGGACCACCCAGAUCGAAACUUCAGAGGGACGUGAUGGCCAGCAAGCCAAGAAGGCUCGGGGUAUCAUGUCCAAAAUGAAUCCCUUCAGCAAAGUUUCAAGGGGCAAAAGUAAGACUGCCGAAGCGGUCGGCAACAAAGUCACGUUGCUCGCCUCGUUCUUCCUUCUGAUCUAUGUGGGCGCCGAAGUGAGUAUUGGAGGAUGGAUCGUCACCUUCAUGCUGCGGGUCAGGCACGGAUCGGCUUUCGCUUCCGGACUGAUAUCGACAGGAUUCUGGCUGGGAGUGACUGUUGGCAGACUGGUGCUCGGCUUCGUCACGGCCCGAGUGUUCAGAUCGGAGAAACAGGCGGUGGCGGCCUACCUUGCCUGCAGCGUGGCUUUGCAGUUGAUGUUCUGGCUCAUUCCCAACUUCGUUGUUAGUGCGGUGAUGGUGGGAUUCCUGGGCUUCUUCCUUGGGCCAAUGUUUCCAGCAGCCGUGGUGGUACUUACCAAGUUGCUGCCUAAGAAGCUGCACGUUGCCGCUGUGGGAUUCGCAGCUGCAUUCGGUUCCAGUGGUGCCUGCAUUCUCCCAUUUGCCGUGGGAGCCAUCGCUAGUGCGAAGGGCGUCAAGGUUCUCCAACCCAUCGUUCUGGCCGCAUUGGUAGGCUGCUUCCUGGUCUGGUUAAUGAUUCCCAAAUUGCCCAAGCAGAGGAUGGCAUGA